AUGUCUGUUUGGCGCGAGUUUAAAAAAGCAUGUCUAGAAACUGAAAAGCAAGCGGUCUCCUACACUAAGUUUAUUGAUCUGUGGCAGCAGUUUCACCCGGACGUUUUUGUAGCAAAACCUAUGUCCGACCUUUGUAUAACCUGCCAGCAAAACACCUCUAAGCUACUACGAUCUGCUAAUCUUCCGGACCAGGAAAAAUCCGAGUGCGUUCGAGCCCAGCACGAGCAUCUGAACUGUGUUCAAACGGAAAGAGAGCUUUAUAAGAGAGUCUGCCAGGAAGCGAAAACCAACUUUCAAACGAUUGAAGACCAAAUAGAUUUGGACGAAGUUCACGAAGCCUGUUCCCUGCAGACAACAGUUCAUUAUUCUUUCGACUUUGCCCAGCAGAUCCAUAUUUCUAGCAAUCUGAUGCAGCCAGGACUCAUUUAUUUCAAGACACCCCGUAAAUGUGGAAUUUUCGGUGUCAUGUGCGAAGCAAUACCCCGACAAGUAAAUUAUCUAAUUGACGAGGUGAGUGACGUUGGUAAAGGAGCAAACACCACGAUCAGUUAUGCUCAUCACUAUUUCCAAAACCACGGACUUGGCGAAACACAGGCAUAUCUUCACUCAGACAACUGCUCGGGACAGAACAAAAACAAUUAUUUUAUCUGGUAUCUAGCAUGGAGAACGAUCCUGCGGUUGCAUGACUCCAUUAAUUACUCUUUCCUAAUUGCCGGCCAUACGAAGUUUGGUCCCGAUCGCUGCUUCGGGAUAAUCAAGAGAUCUUAUAAAGUACAUUUUGUUUCAUCUUUGUAUGAGUUUGCGGACAUAGUGGAGGGUUCAAGCACCGUUGGUGUCAACAAGGCACAGCUGGUUGGUACACACGACGGAAGGACCAUUGUUACAGCUUACUAUUGGUCUUCAUUUCUCGAGAGAUUUUCGAAAGACGAACCUGGAAAAGUUUACUUUAAAGAAUUUAGCACUUCUCCCGAACAGUCACGAACGCUGCUGAAAAACAGUGACCUCGCUAUCCUGCCGCCUGCAUCCAUGCUGCCACCCACGAUCAACCCUGAAGGAUUAAGUCACGACCGAAAACAGUAUCUCUUCCGCGAGAUUCGAACAUUCUGCAAGCCCGGAACAGAGGACCUUGUGGCUCCACCUCCUUGAAUUCUACCAGAACAAGACAUUGCAUUCAGCAGGGAAAAUACUGUAUGUCGAACGUUCGACGUUGCACUACAGAUAAUAAA